CAAGGAAAGACAAAGCGCAACCGCGCUUUAUCCGCCCCCCCCUCUCUCUCUCUCUCUGGCUUGUGAAUGUCAAAUGUAGCGGUGAACGAUGAAGGAAAUCCUGGCCGGUGUUUAAAAGCGCUUCUAAACGUCCGGCGACAAAAGGUCAAAGGAUCGAAUAUCCAGAUAGCCCGCGACGACGUAUGGCGGCUAAUGGAAGCCGGAGGAGAAAUCACGGGUGGAGGAAGAAGCACGGAUGGGACAGGGGGAAAAUCAAGGGACAGAGGGAGGACAAAAAGGGGCCGAGGGUGGAUACGACGAAGCGACAGAAGAGAAGACUCGAUUACACGUCACCAGCAGCCCGGAGCCUAUUUGGUCGCAAUCGGUUUUUCAUUACCAAAAGCUUCGCCGGGCUUUAUACCAAAUUGUACAUUCGGCGACCCCCCGUAAAACUCACCGGGAUUCCGCGAACCCACCGAGUACCGGAAUCGCAUAAUUGAUCAUCUCGGUGCAUACAUCUCGCACGCGUGCUGCCCAUAAUUUUUG